CAACGUUUUAUCCCAAAAUAAAGAAGAGUGGUGGUGCCAACACUUAGGUGACGACUUGCUCUGCUCAUAUUUCCGCUAUGGUUUCGUUGGUAUUGUUAUCAUAGCUAUGAAUCACGGAUAGGUCCGGAUAGCUACAAGUGAUCGAAUAUAACACCCUUUUAGUUGUGCAUCACAAACCAGACUCGACCAGUAGGAUUCCUGACGGCCAACCUAGUCAACAACUCUUGCAUCUUUCCGAAUGUGGUUUAUGGAUACCUGUUUAACUAUUGACAACGUUUGAACUUCGUUAUAUGCGGUUUAUAAAAUUGUAUAUUCAAUAUUGAUUUGUCAUUUCGGAUGAUGUGUGGUUUUAGAAUGUGACAGUUCUUCUUGUUCCCUGCAAUGAAUUCAGGUAGGGAUUAUAAAACGUGUUUUGUUUAUCCAGACAGACUAUUUAAGUUAUUCGCCUCAUUAAAUGGACAUUGAAGAAUACGCUAUGCUUGCACAUUAAACAUUUUUGUGGCUACAAACAAGAUAGACAUCGGACUACCACUAACCAAGGCUUUGAUUUUUCAUAUGCGAUGAUCAAGAUGGCAUCAAAUACGAGAACAUUAUUAAUCGUAUUAUUUAGCCUUUACACUAUGUGUCGUUGUCAGAAUUCAAGGGAAUAUAUAUCAACAUUCAAAUACGACAACAUUGAGAUUAUGUGUGACAUCAGUGACUCCGCCAACAGAAACAUCAUCUGGAAGUUCGUCGACAACGAUGUAUGGUUGGCAAAAGGCGAGGUCGUCUAUGAAAAUAUAGGAUCAAUGUUCAGUCGUGUAAGCGUCGUCGUCGAUUCGUCGAGCAGCCGUCUUCGUAUCUCUGACAUUCACACGAGCGAUACAGGAAGGUAUCAGUGCGGUUUUGAAACGGAUCAGAGAGAAUUUGAGAUGAUCUUUGAAACCCGCGUUGUGGUCGUUGAUGCAGACACAACACCUUCGUGUCUUAUGAGUAUGUUGCCAAACAUCGGCACUGUUCAAGGAACUGAAGUGGAUAUCAAAUGUGCAUGGCCAAGCUCCUUACCAAUGGGUCAUGCCAUUAUACAUAAGAACGGGAUAGAAAUGAAUCCAGAUGUCACCAUGGAUGAUCACGUAGUCCUAAGGACUAUCCUAAAUGAAGGCGAUCUGUUUACUUGUCAGUUAGUAUCACCGUUAGCGACAGAAAAGAGAGCCUGCACAGUCAUACCUCUCACAGCAUCAGGGCUAAAGGUACGUACUGACCCUUUAGUGGCGUAUGUUGAGGUUGGAGGUGAUGCCCAAUUUAAUUGCACUGCAGAGGCCAAUGAACCUAUAGAGAGUUACCUGUGGAGUUUGAAAGCCGAUGCAGUUUUACGGUUCCUAAGCAAGCCUGAUAGGUUUAGAACAGACGACAAUUCACGUAGGCUAUCGCUUUUCAACUUGGAAAUCAUUGAUGAUAGAUUGUGGGUAAAAUGCUCCGCAGAGGCGCAGGAUGGAACAAGUGUCCUCUCCAUGUCUGCAGUGAAGAUCAUAGUAACGCCUCCGUCUCAUCAAUCAACAACAGCGAUGACACCCAACCAGUCAGCUAUCAUUCCCAUUAGACGGACUACUCUGAAGUUGACCGAAGGAACAACCACGUAUGCAACCCCUGAACUUACCAGUAACUCCACAGAUGUGGCCACACCUGGUUCACGUACAUCCUUGCCCCUCUCUGCACCAUUCAUAGCGUUAAUAGCCUUGGGUGGUUUGAUAGUAUUCCUAGUCAUGAUUGUAAUAAUCGUUGUCUCUAUAAAGAUAUCCCGACAACGCAGCGCUAGCAAAGACGUGGACAGGCAUAAUGUUAAUACCAGGUGGGUGAUGUCGACUCCAGAGAUCACCAUGUCCGAGGACGUUUCUGAACGACCGACCAAAUCGAGGUUCGGCAGGAAGAGUAGAUCCAGCUCCAGGAAAUUCCUCUACUCCAGGAGAAGCUCCAAGAAGAAGAAUCGUUCCAACAGCUCGUCGGCUCAAAAACCUACAGGGGUUGUGCGACAUCUCCCUCCUCAGCCAGUGACACCCGAUCCUCGAGCGAUUUAUCAGAAUAUUCCUCGAAGUGGAUCUUCCAACUCGUUGCACUCUCUCCACUCUGUACAGCAGAAAAUACGAGGAGAAUCCUCACAUAGCUACGAGGUGGUGAAACCAGAACCUCCAGAUGUGAUCGCAUACAAGAAGCCACGUCCCAAGCAGUUGGUGUACCCCAUGGUAGGAGGAGAGGUAGGGUAUGCAUCAGUGGAAAAUCCCGAGGAAGUCCCUUCUUUGAUAUACGCCGAAUUGGACGUCACUGCUAAUAUACAGAUAGCACCCCCAGUGGGUAAAGAUUUCGAUCCGAGUAUCCUCUACGCUAAAGUAAAAAAGUAAAGAUUAAUUUCUGCAACGGAACAUGCAUUUUCAUAAGUAAAAUUUACAUCAUGAAGCUAUUUAUGCUACUGAUAACACACUGACACAUAAACAAGUGAAGAAAGAUGAAGACGUCAUGUAUUCUUUAUCCAUGAGUACAGUGACGCUUAUACUGUUAUAUGGAUAAUGUUGUAGACCCAUUUCAGUAAUAAGCAAUGUGUAUUUCUGUCUGACAUGUCUGAAUAACUCUCACAAUUAAUCGUAAUAUGUCUAGAUUUUGCUGAAUGGUAAUAUAUGUAUAAAUAGCAAACGUUUUAUAUGUAUAUAAAGGAGAGUAUUUAUUUCGAUAUGGAUUGUCAAAAUAUGAUAUACAAUGUAUCGUAUUGUUAAAAUAUGUCAACCAAUGUAUAUUUCUUGACUACACCCUUUUUUCACAUUUGACUUUGAUAUGUUCUGGUCACUUCCAGAGUCAAAUAUUUUUUUUUGGUUGUUUAUUAAAUGACUGAUGUUUAACUCGAUGUUAAACUAAUAACUAAUAUCUAAAGGACAUGACCAGUAUCAAAAGUAGCAAAUUCAGAGGGGCGGUCAAAAUACAAGAUUCACGUGUCCACCAAUUUCACUAUUAUCGUUUAACAUGCUUACUCACUUUCAAUGUGUUUGGUAUUUCACCUUUUCGACUUUUCAACUUUGCGUCGCAAUUUCCUCUGGGAAGUAUUAAUGACAUUGCAAUAUUGGUUUUUGCUGGAGAUUUGCCCUUCAUGACAAAAUUACAUUUGUAAAAUGUCAAAAGUUUAAACAGUUUGUAGAUUGCUGUGUCUAACUACAGCUAUGCGAAGGGAAGUGUCUAAUUCAUUUGCCAUCGCUUUUCUACACAUUAUCAUGUGUAAGCGUUGGAAAUAGAGUCAUUCGAUCUAUUGGAAAACAGGAAUGUUCGGAAGUGAUCAUGACGUAGAGACUAUCAAAAUAUUUCUCGCUAAGUUAAUGUCACAAAAUACGUGAUAUGCAUAAAAUAUGCGGUAUGCAAAUAAAGGAGCUAAUGAAGUAAACAGAACUAAUGUUUACCUCGUUGGUCUCGGAUUGAAAGUAGCGAGCGAAAUAUGACUUUUAUGUAUCUGCUAAAAUGCCUUGUAUAGAUAAUAAUUCACAAUAUUGAUGGUCAUCUGUAUCAUUUAUAAUUUCAUGUAAUAAAAGAGUGUGAGGUAUGUAUCAAUGAUUUGCAUGCCGUUCGACGUGAAAUACGUCGAAAUUACAAAUUUGAAAUAUAGUAUAACAUACUUAUUAUACAUCCGAUUUCAGUGAUAUCUUUAUGAAUUUGCUAGGUUUUUGUUUUAAGCUAUUUAUUAAAAAAGCUUUUUCUUGUGAUCAACUUGUACUAUAGUAUCAUAUUCAGAAAAUAGUAAUGAUGCAUGGUCGUAUCAGUGAAUAAUGAAAGUUUAAAUGUUGUUCAUCUGAUACGAUUUUCACUGAUGGCAGUAGCCAUUAUUUUUGCCAACAAAUAUUGAAUUGGAUUCCUUUUGGGAAAACGUCCAGUAUUUGGUGAGCAAUAUAUUCUUUCCGCCAUUUCAAGAACUGGUACUGAUACAUGUCAUUCGCCUCUAUUUCUAAUAAAGUAAAAUACAAAUCGUAAGUGAAUAUCUCGUUGUUUUAACUUGAAAUCGUAAGACACUCAUAAUUAAGAUUAAAUAUAAAACGUCUUAUGUUUAAUUGUAUUUUCUCACAUAACAAAUCGACCUUCAACAUUACAUGCAUUCAGAAGUGAAUCAUUGUACUAAUUAAUCACAAGGCCUCAAGUUAUGUGAUAAGAUACCCGUAUCCGGUUUGGUUUCUCUGUCAAAAGAAUGGUUAGCAAAAACCGGAUCGAAAAAACAACAAUCUGCUCGGAAAGAAGAUAUUGGUCACUUACAUCCUAGGCAUAAUAAUGUCAUCUUUUCCUGGUAGAGGUUGACAUGUUUUACAGUGGCAAUUGCUGUUUAUGUCUCUUUAUACAAAUAAAUGUUAAUUACUGUUUUGAAUGCAAAAUUGUGUAAAUGUCCGCUGUGACUGUUUGGAAAUAUCAUAAUCCAUUCAAUUAAACGACUAAAUGAGUGAAA